AUGACUUCCUUAAUGCAGAUCCUGAAGAUAAAUAUUGAAGAGAAAAUUGUACUCGUGGGUCAAUUGACCGAGACAUUUUAUAGUAGUUCGUGUUCAAAUGUGUCGGAUGUAGUUCGUAAUAUAUUACAACAGGCUCAACAAAGUGAUGUUCGAAUUGGCGCUAAGCUUAUUCGCCUCCAUUUCCAUGAUUGCUUUGUCGAUGGUUGUGAUGGCUCGAUUCUGCUAGAUAAUGCAGAUGGCAUACAAAGCGAGAAAGACGCCGGUCCCAAUAUGAAUUCAGCUGAUGGAUUUGAUGUUGUUGAUGACAUAAAAACAGCAUUGGAGAAUGUCUGUCCUGGUGUCGUCUCAUGCGCAGAUAUUUUAGCUCUUGCUUCUCAAAUUUCAGUAACCCUGGGAGGAGGUCCCUCAUGGGAAGUUUCUCUAGGCAGAAGGGAUAGCAGAAAAGCAAACCCAUCAGGGGCCAAUAGUGACAUCCCUAGCCCUUUAGAGAGCCUUAAUAACAUCACGUCCAAGUUCAGCGCCAAGGGUCUUGAUUCCACCGAUUUAGUUGCUUUAUCAGAAUCUUCAGGUGCUCAUACCUUUGGGAAAGCCAAAUGCGGUACUUUCAGUCACCGGCUUUACAAUUUCAGCAACACGGGGAACCCAGACCCGAGCAUGGACUCUACUUACCUGAAUACAUUGCGGCUAACUUGUCCUCAAGAUGGAAAUGACACGACUUUAGCUAAUCUUGAUUAUUCGAGUCCCUAUGGUUUUGAUAAUAACUACUACACGAACCUCCAGAGUAACAGGGGACUUCUUCAGACGGAUCAAGAACUGUUCUCAACAAGUGGAGCCGAUACGGUUGCUACUGUCAACCGGUUUGGGAAAAGCCAGAGUGAAUUUUUCAAUGCUUUUGUUCAGUCCAUGAUUAAAAUGGGAAAUAUAAGUCCCUUGACAGGAAACAAUGGAGAAAUCAGGGCAGAUUGCAAACGCGUUAACUAGACGAGCAUUUGGAACAUAUGUUGGAAGUGUGAAACCCUUUUUCUUUUCCGAAU